ACCAUUAAAUAAACAGUUUUAUUUAAUUCCAUGAAGUUACUUUUAUAGUCCACCGUACUCCACCCGAUCGAUGGGACCACACAUGUUUUUGAUCAGUUCUGUGGUCGGUGACUGGUUUACCUGGUUUUUGAUUACCGUGAAAAUCAAUUUUUUGAUAUUUCGGUAUCAAAUUAACAAUUUAAGACCUUUGAAGACUCUCUUUCGCAUAACGAGUAUUGCAAAUUCGUAAAUGCCGAGGAGUGAUCGAGUCACGAGCUUGUAGGUUAAUCAUGAGCUCCGUAAUGUAACUAGUUUCCAUUAAAAUAAUUGAAAAUGGACAACGUUGCGACUGCAGAAUGUUUGACCCUUGAUUUUGGCCCUUUUGAAACCGUUCAUCGUUGGCAACGUAUGCCAGAAUGCGAUGAAUUCGUCGGUGCAAGGCGUAGCAAACACACUGUUGUAGCAUAUGAAGAUGCAAUAUAUGUUUUUGGCGGUGAUAAUGGUAGAAGAAUGUUGAAUGAUUUGUUGAGAUUUGAUGUGAAAGAGAAAUCCUGGGGACGUGCAUUGGUAGCUGGAGCUCCUCCUGCUCCACGUUAUCAUCAUUCUGCAGUUGUGCAUGAUUCUUCUAUGUUUGUAUUUGGUGGUUAUACCGGUGAUAUACAUUCCAAUUCGAACCUCACCAAUAAGAAUGACUUGAUCGAGUACCGGUUCCAAACUUGCCAAUGGACAGAGUGGAAAUUUAUUGGGAAAACACCUGUAGCCAGGUCAGCGCAUGGAGCUGCUGUAUAUGACAAUAAGUUAUGGAUAUUCGCAGGUUAUGAUGGAAAUGUAAGAUUAAACGAUAUGUGGACAAUAUCAUUGUUGCCUGGGGAGCCAAGAGUCUGGGAGGAAGUUGUUCAGUCCGGGGAUUGCCCGCCGACGUGUUGCAAUUUCCCUGUCGCGGUGGCCCGCGAAUCCAUGUUCGUAUUCAGCGGUCAGAGCGGAGCGAAGAUCACCAAUAGCCUUUUCCAAUUUCAUUUUCGAGAAAAAAGAUGGACGCGUAUUUCAACGGAGCACAUACUUCACGGUGCUCCGCCACCGCCUGCACGUCGAUACGGUCACACAAUGGUCAGCUUCGACAGGCAUCUUUAUGUCUUCGGCGGCACGGCCGACUCCACGUUACCCAAUGAUCUCCAUUGUUAUGAUCUUGAUACGCAAACAUGGAAUAUUAUAUUGCCGUCCGCGAAUAGUCAGGUUCCAUCCGGUCGUUUGUUCCACGCGGCGGCGGUUAUUGGUGAGGCGAUGUUCAUUUUCGGUGGAACGGUCGAUAAUAACGUACGAAUAGGUGAAACGUAUCGGUUUCAAUUCUCAUCUUACCCAAAGUGUACGUUGCACGAUGAUUUUGGGAGAUUGUUGAGGGGUCGUCUUUUCUGCGACGUAGAGUUCGUAGUAGGGGACAUGGAAACGAAAAUACCCGCUCACAUAGCUAUGGUAGCGGCUAGAUCGCAAUUUCUCAGAGCUCGAAUUAUACAGGCACGAGAGAAGCGAGAGAAACACUUGGAAGACACGUUUGGGACUGUCGACGUACCGAUAAAAGAUCAACCGUUGUUAGAGGUGAGGCUGACGGACGCGGUGCCUGAAGCUUUCGAAAUGGUUUUAAACUAUAUCUACACCGAUCGCAUCGAUCCAACAAAGAGGAGCGAAGAUGGAUCGAGCAGUCGCGUCGAAGAUCCUCUGAGCAAUCGAAUCGUACUUCUUAUGAUGGACGUGUAUCGUUUGGCGGUGCAAUUCAAUAUGAAACGGUUGGAGCAACUGUGCGUCCAUUACCUGAAGGCAACCAUAAGCCACGCGAAUGUUCUCGAGGCGUUGCACAACGCCGCUCAGUUGAAGCUGGACUUCAUAAAGGAGUUCUGUUUGAGUUUCGUCGUGAAAGAGAGCAACUACAAUCAAAUUGUAAUGAGCCAAGAGUUCGAGACUCUGGACCAGCCUCUGAUGGUAAAAAUUAUUAGGAGGCGUCAGAUGCCACAGGCGAGAAACUUUUCGAAGCAGUACGACUUCGGUACAGGAACGACGCUCGAGCAAGAUAUGGAGGCGUUUUUGGAAAGCGUCGGCAGAGAAUUCUGCGAUAUAACGUUGAUGUUGGACGGAGUGCCGAUUCCGGCCCAUAAAGCGAUACUUGCGGCUCGAUGUAGCUACUUCGAGGGAAUGUUCCGUUCUUUUAUGCCAGAAAACAAUACAGUGAACAUACAAAUAGGCGAAAUGAUACCGUCCUCGGAAUCAUUCGACUCCUUGUUGAGGUACAUUUACCACGCAGACGUUUCCAUGCCACCCGAAGACUCCUUGUAUUUAUUUACCGCCCCGGUUUUUUACGGUUUCACGAACAAUCGGUUGCAAGCCUUUUGCAAACAGAAUCUCGAAAUGAACGUAACCUUUGAGAACGUUAUACAAAUUUUGGAAGCCGCGGAUAGAAUGCAAGCUGCCGAUAUAAAGAAGUAUGCGUUGGAUCUCAUCGUGCACCAUUUCACAGAGGUCGCGAGGCUUCCGAGAUUGAAGCAACUGAGUCGAGAGCUUUUGUUGGACAUCAUCGAGGCCCUAGCCGACGAACGCAGCGAGGCUCGAACGUGCCAGGACAUGGCGAACGAUUGCUGACGGAUUCUUGCCUCGCACCGUUGUCCCUUUACAUGGGAUUCCCCAUCGCCCUCCAGCUGUCAACUCGAAACGAGCCAAGACAACGAACCAAUGACGGCCCGGACAGCCCAAAACCGCAACUAUGUGUUCACAAACGGCUCUUGAACUCUACUCAAAAGACCGUAAACUAUUUUUAUAGCAGAGAAGCAACUUUGCACCGGCGAUUAUCGAUGUUAUAAAUAUGUAUAUUUAAGAGUUUUAUAAAGUAAAAUAAUUUAUUGGAUAUUAAUAUAAAUUUGUUGUA